AUUCGCAAACCGCAGUAAGGCUAGGUCAGGGAAGAAGCUAUGGGAGGAUGCACUUCUUGAUGCGCAAAAGGUCAUCGAACUCAAACCUUCGUCUCAUGUUGGAUACCAGGUGAAGCAUGCAGCGCUUUACGGUGCACAACGCUAUGAUGAAGCUAUUACGGCUUUCCAAAUGAUGCUCGCCAGAUUGGAUAGUGCUCAUGACAUGCAAAUACGAGCUCUCCGUGAGCAAUAUGUCAGUCCCUCCGAAGGAGAAGAUGUCAUUCGAAAGGUCAUCGACGUUCAACUUGGUACCGCGCCACUCCGUCUACUCAACACCGCCACUGGACUCUUAUGUGACCGAGAAGCACAGAUAAGCACCUUCAAAACCAGCGCAGAAUACAACGAGCUUCUGUUUUCAUUGACUAUGAAGCAUACACACAUCCGAAUGGAGCGCAUCACAGAAGUGGUAGCGGCAUACUUCCGUUGUGUCAUGCUGUCACAUAGGUGGGAAGGGACGGAGCCUUUGCUGCACGACAUCAAGGACAAGGUCGUGUACGAGAUAAAGGAAGCUGGCGGUCUUGUGAAGUUGCAGUCAUUCUGCAACAUUGCCCAUGAGGCAAAGUAUCACUGGGCGUGGAUGGAUUCGUGUUGCAUAGACCAGACGAACAACGUCGAGCUCCAAUCAUCACUUGACUCUAUGUUUGCUUGGUAUCAUGAUUCAGCGCUCACGGCUGUCUACCUUUCUGAUGUUCCGCCUUCAUCCACGUCUGGAGCACUGGCAAAGAGCGCUUGGAACACUCGAGGAUGGACCGUCCCAGAAUUCCUGGCUCCUAAAACCAUUCGAUUCUACCAACAGGAUUGGUCUCCAUAUCUUGACGACCACUCCCUCAACCACAAAGAAUCUGUUGAGAUCAUGCACGAAUUGGAGGGUGCAACGGGCAUAGAUGCACGCACCCUCGUUUCUUUCCAACCGGGAAUGAGAGAUGCCCGAGAGAAACUCCAAUGGGCGUCUGCGCGCGUCACCACUAGGCCAGAAGAUAUUGCAUACUCAUUAUUUGGCAUUUUCGGCGUCCGACUUCCUAUUCAUUAUGGGGAGAAUAAGCAAAAUGCGCUCGGGCGGCUUCCUGCAGGAGAUUGUGGCUCAGUCAGGCGACAUCACCGCCCUCGACUGGGUCGGACAACCAUCCUACGUUCAACAGUUGUCUUCCGGCUAACAUUUCGUCAUACGCAGCUCCGCCAUGCGCCCUCCCAUCUUUGUCUGAAGAUGAAAUUCAGAUAG